AUGAAAAUCUGUCUCCAAAUGAAUGGAAACCUCGUUACUUUUCAAAAAAAAUGUUUUGUCGUGCACAGUACACGGUUGUAGGUUGCAACACGAGUCACAUAGUUUGACUCCAGCAAAGAACCUGUGCUGUGGGUACUGACAUCAAUACCUUCCCUCGUUCUAACGAUAACCGCUGCGGGAGAAGAAUCUUCUUCAUUUAACGAAGGUGUUGGCAGGUUGCAGUUGUAACCUGCUAUACCAGACUCGCAAUAACCUCUCCGCGGUGUAUUGGCUGAACAAGUGUGGAUUCCGCGCGAACACACACAUAGAGUGCAGACAGUGGGAGAACGCGGUUGCAAUCAGGCUUGGUGGAACUUGUACUGCACUUUACAGCAAAACAAUAAACACGUUAAUCUGAAGAGAACAGACACCUGUCUGAUGGGAUUUCAAAGAGAAGAGAGUUCGCAAACUGGACUGUCUAAUUUGGAAAAAGAAAGACGACAAUACAUACAGUAUUUUGGGAUGAAUAUAAAUAAAAUAAAAUAAGCAUCCUCUGAAAUUGUCUUUCUGAACAUGAAAAAGUACUUCUGUUUGUAAAAGCAAUAAACUACUGUAUUAGAACCCUGCCGAUCAGAACAGAGAAGUAGAGACUCGUGUCGUUCUAAAAAAACUUAAUCCAAGUGGUUUGGUGCAAAUUUAUUCUUCUAUAUCAACCACCACGCCGAGACUCAUUCGUGUCUCUCAUUGGAGAGAUCGCAGUGAAAUAACGGACUCCUUAAACGGACGCGAUCACGUCAGAUGAAUCCUUUUCAAAGAGAAGGACUAGGCUAUCACUGAGCUCACACAUCGACCCACAAUAAUGCCUACAGAAAUACAAGCAAGUGGCUGUACAUGUCAAACUACGUUUGGAUUGGCAGGAAUUCGCAUGUAAGCUCUCUUCCCGUUGAGCAACAUCAGUAGCUGUCACCUCCCUCUCUUCUCCCUCCCUCCCUCCAUCCCUCUCUCCUUCCGUGAGGUCCUGUUAAGCCACUCCCACUGACCCCCUGACACCUCGUUGCCAUGGAAAGCCUGAGCGAGCUCCAGAACCCGCUCUUGGACAAGAACAGCAAGCACGUCGUCAACGGUUACGGCGGCGACUUCCCUAACAACCAGUACCAGGAGAAUAUUAUCAACUACUUCGUAACCGGCGGGAACGGAGGAGGAGGUGGAGGAGGUAACACUAACAGCGGUGCGGUGGCCCACGUGGGACAAAACAACAGCAACGGCAAAAUGAAAGCUCAACAACUCCUGGACGCCACCUCCCUCCAUCUGGCCGUCGAGGCCUUCUACAGGCCUAACUUCAUCCUGUACAAGGAGGAAGGGGGAGGAGACGGCGGCGUCAAGGCCAAGGAUUAUAAGAGCGAGUGCUGCGAGACUACCUUCACAGAGAAGAAGGAGAAGGAGAGGGAGGCGUCUGUAGCAGUGGAGACCCCCGGAAGCACAGAGGACCCUCAGGCCAAGCUGCUAGAGGACGGAGACAACGUUAAGAUACAGACUGUCUCCUAUGAGGUGGAGGAGGAGGAGUAUGUAGAGUAUGAGACGGACUGCUCCAGCGACAGCGAGAGUGAAGAUAACUUCAUAGUGAUCCCACCCAGAGACCAUCUGGGCCUGGCUAUCUUCUCCAUGUUAUGCUGCUUCUGGCCCCUGGGCAUCGCUGCUUUCUACUUCUCCCAGGGG